CUCGCAUGGUUUUCGCUUUCUUUCCAUCUGGGUCGUCUUCUAUACUAUAAACCCUGCCCCCAAGAAACCCUAACUGCAGAACCCACAAGCGAACAUGGCGGCGGCAAAGGGCCAGAACGAUCUGACGAUGAAGGAGCUUGACAUACAGAUGAUGUUGUCUGCUGAAGUUCAUCUCGGUACCAAGAACUGUGAUUUCCAGAUGGAACGAUACGUUUUUAAGCGCCGCAACGACGGUAUAUACAUCAUUAAUCUUGGGAAAACAUGGGAAAAGCUUCAAAUGGCAGCGAGGGUUAUCGUUGGAAUAGAAAAUCCCCAGGAUAUCAUUGUACAAUCUGCUAGACCAUAUGGUCAAAGGGCAGUGUUGAAGUUUGCCCAAUACACUGGGGCACAUGCCAUUGCUGGACGCCAUACUCCUGGUACCUUCACCAAUCAGCUCCAGACCUCCUUCAGUGAACCCCGUCUUCUAAUCCUUACUGAUCCACGCACUGAUCACCAGCCCAUCAAGGAGGCAGCACUUGGAAACAUACCAACAAUAGCCUUUUGUGAUACUGAUUCUCCAAUGAGAUAUGUGGAUAUUGGUAUCCCUGCUAACAACAAAGGAAAGCAUAGCAUUGGGUGUCUCUUCUGGCUUCUAGCAAGAAUGGUUCUUCAAAUGCGUGGGGUUAUCAACCAGGGGCAUAAAUGGGAUGUCAUGGUGGAUUUGUUUUUCUACAGGGAACCAGAGGAGGCAAAGGAAAAGGAAGAUGAUGAAGUAGCUUUAACCACUGACUACCCAGACUAUGGUGGUGGUGCUGGUGGUGCACUUGGCGGUUUUGGUGAUCAAUGGUCUGCUCAAAUCCCUGAUGCUCAAUGGGCUCCCGACAUGCCACCACCCAUUGCCGCUGCCCCUGUAGCUGGAAACGGGUGGACUGCUGAUGCUCCGGUUGCUGGUGGUGAGGGAUGGGAAUCUGUGGCGGCACCCGUAGUAGCUCCGGUUGAAAGUGUUGCUGCAUCUGGCUGGGAAUGAAAUUUGUCUCGUUUUGAAAUUCAUAUUUUAGGUUAUGGUAUUUGUUGAGGAACUUUUGAUGAAAUAGGUUAAUCAUCUUCUGGAUUUUGGUUUAUCCAUCUUCUUUUUAUUAUUUAAACUGAAAAACUAAGUUAUUUGAUUUAAUUUUUCAGUUGCU